GAAAGAAGGAAAGUAGAAAAAGGAAGUGGAGAAUAAUUUUUCGCGUUUUUCCUCGCGUAUGACGAGCUUGCACCCCCGGUUUUGCAUCAUCCUCGGUCUGUCUGGAAGCCGUUCUUCGCUGUAGCUCCAGCCAUUGGCCCCCCCAUCGCUCUCUAUAGCACGGCAAGUGUGUUCCUAAGCGCGUUCCUCGCGAGGGGCUUGCCAGAAACGCGUCACUCUUUGUAAGCUCACGGUGCGGCGACGAAUCGGAGUGUAGUGCGUGCAGAUUUCCGCGAUUAAGGUCCUGCAGAUGGACUCUGAGUCCACAGGAUCCAAGAACUGGCCGACGAAGGCGCCGCCACCAUCCACCAUGACGCCACCGCAGCUCCCGGGCACGGUCCCGCAGAAGAACAUCGUUCGCACGAUUCGCAUUGACCCUUCCAGGAUGGGAGCGGGUUUGCAGAGUCAACUGCUGGCAUCGGUAUCCACAGCGAGAAACGCUAAGCGAAUUUCCUUUGCUGCUGCUGCUGCUGCUCCUGCUCCUGCUCCUGCUUCUCCUGCUGCGGUCACUACUUCUGCUACUGUUGUUUCCGAUAGGGUUCCAACAUUCCCUGCUACCGCUACCCCUGCUCCCACAUCGCUCACUACCUCCGGCGAACCAGAUCCGGCCACAGGCAAUCCACCGUCCCACGAAGGACUGGCGCAUCAUACCGAGCUGUCCAAUGACGACGAUGCAGGUCCAACAACGAAACCAUCGCCGGCGGCAGGCGCUAGUGCCGGGCUGUUUCGAAGGAAAAAGGUGGUUCCUAUCGUGGUGGCCAAAAAACUGGCCAAGAAACCCUCACCGCCACCCAGUACACCUGUCGCUAAGACUGAGGGAGAAGAAACCGCGUUGCAAAAGUCUCCUAUACGUCCGGAAAGUUCACAAAGCGAAGGAUUAGAUAGAACUGAGGUAGAAAGUGCUGCACCAUCGUCGGCUGUACCAGCGCAACCAAAACCGGUCGCAUUUCGCCGCGUAAAGCCAAAAGUAUCGCUCGCCGCCGCGGUAAAACCAUCGAAAACGGCUGCAAAAAGGAUGGAUCUCUCGAAAGACGCCGGACCGGAAGUUACUGCUGGUUCACAGAGACCAGGUGCGCUCUCAACCGUUACAGUGGCACCUCAGAUUAGCGUAGAAACGCAAGAAGCAGAGGAAGUUUAUACGAGCAGAACUGCGUUGGCCUCGAUCCAAACAAAACAUAAUCCAGUAACAAACGAGGCAGUAGUAAGCCAAGAACAGGUGAUUGAGAUUGAAUCGCAUCUGGAUGAAACGGUAGAUCCCGUAGUUGCAUCACACGCUAGAAGCGAGCCCAUCAAAGAUGGCUCUAGAAUAGUAGAAAGCGAGACGGUAACUCGUGGCGAUUUGUCACAGGAGGACCAAAUCGAAAAUAAUUUAUUGUUAGAUAGUCAAAUAGAUCCAGCAAAUCUAGAGAAAGUCACCAUGGCGGUUGGAAAUGUGACCGAAACUGCUGUACCUACACACCCAGAUAAGGAGAACAUUACUCAACCACAUCCUCUCCAUACAAUCAGCGGUACCAGCAGCCAACCGGGGUUGCCAUGUGCUACACUUUCAUCGAGCGAUUGCAAUCGGCCACCGGAAGAGACGACCAAGAAGAUCCCUGUCGCCGAAAAGUUUGCUAUUGCGGCGCAAUCACCAAUCACCGUCAAGACUAUCAGCGCCAGCACACCGAGUUCCGGUAGUAAAAUGAUUAAAAGAACCGUUAGCUUGGGAGGGCUGCUUCCUCCCGAGUUGGCUAACAAACUGAAAAACAGUUUAGUACAGACUUCAUCCACGAAGCGGAAGUCGGUAGCGAAACCAGCGGCGAAUACAACGAAUACAGAAAAGGCACCUGAUAAUUCCUCUGGGCACAAAAUUGCCGAUGCAGUGUUCGAUCAAUCGAAUGACAAGAAAGCGCAACCGAGUUCGCAUAAUGAGCUGGCCAAACAAACAGUUCUUCCGUUGGCAAUGUUAUCUGUUAAAACCAACAGCAGUUCAACAAUCGUCGCCGGCUCUGAUGUAUCGCCCACUGUACCUUCUGUUGUAGAACCAGCAUCGAAGAAUGAUUUAAUCGGUUCUGUGGAAUCUUUUGGUACACCAGAACCAUCAUGCAGUUUGGAGCAGAAGGUUAUCGCGGAAAGAUCGGUCCAAAACGAAACCACCACCGUUAGUAGCCUAUCCGGUGCGAGUAAACAAAUUCGAAAGAUCCGUUCCGUCGCAAAAGCAAACUUAACUCCGUCGCAAAAGCAAUUGAUUAUGCAAUAUUUAGUCAAAGGGACCGUAAAGCCAACUACGAGUGAUGGCAGUCUGCAGAAAGGCAACGUCGAGCCUAAAGUUAUUCCACAUCCAUCAUCACCAGUAAUCAAUAGCGCCAAACUUCCUGAAGCCACCAGUACCGUCAAAGCUGAGGGAUUAGAGGAAUCCAAUGUUAAAAUUACCCCACCCGCCAUUACAACUCCUUCGGCACUUCAAUCUCAAAAAACAGUACUCACACUUUCAUCAAACAACACACCUGCGGUUCCACAGAAGCUGCGCAUUAUUUCACAAAUCAUCCUGCCUACGAUUAACUUCAGUCCAGCGAAAGCAUCACAACCAACCACCGCCGGUUUGAGUGACUCCGGAACAGCAACAGGUGCUUCCGGGUCGCCCGAAAUUAGUUCCAGUGCAUUCGUUCCAUUUUCAUCACGCUCUCCAUCAUCACCCAGCGCUAAUCCAAUGCUUACCAGUUCGAAUUUAAUUAGGGCUGGUUCUGCGCUGCCGUUUCUAGUGUCGCCCGAUUUUCGCUUAAUGCAUAUCCCAUUCUCGAGCACAUCAACGCCACAGCAACGCCUGAAUGAGACAGUGCCGAUGGCCAGUGGCAGUGAUAGCAAACCAAUUGUGCCACAGACUUAUCCUGGAGCGUCGAGUGAAAUGUACCCCAAGAUAUUAGUUCUUCAUCGACCCGGUUUACCUAAAGAGGAAACGGCACCAAUCAGCACACCUCAACCGAGCGUGCCACGCAUUGUGAUAGAUAGAAGCUACAUCAGUGAAUCGGAGCAACCGAUGGAAUGUACAUCUUCCAUCGAUGUAGAUGAACCGGCGGGUGAUCACGAACGCCUGUCCUUGAAGGGCUGCUCGGAAGCGAUCCGUGAUAUGUUACGAAGAAAAGCUUUGAAGAACUUGCACGACAGAGGUGAGAAGGUAUCGCAUGCGUCUGCGAGAUUUCCGAAAAAACAACUACAAUUACCUGUUGCACGUUACGGUCGUUGCUAUUCAAAGUCUGCAAGGAAUAGAUCUCAGGGCACUGCAAACAUCGGCACUCCCUAUAUAAGCGUAGCCACGGAAGAUGGUCGAAAAGAAUAUGUUAAAUUAGAAGACCACAUUACGCUGAAUGCAAAAGUCUCGGGGGAACCACCGGAAGUAAAACCACACGGCUUCAGCACGGUAGCUCCUGAUGGGAAAAAUUCUGACAACGAAUUCUAUGGAUACUCUGAUAAGAUGAUCGAACGGGAGAACGCCCAAGUGGAUGCCAAGAUACGUUUCAUCGAUCGUUUCGUAGAGCAGAUGAUCCCGAUUCCGGCCACAGAUGGGCAGACAACGAGUGAAUCGGACUCAGAUGAUGGUUCAAUUGAUGAGACGCUCGAUUUUGACAGUGAUACUGAUGAAACAAUCGAAGAGCCUGAAACAGAUGCCAGUUUGAAUGCUACAUUAGUGCCUCAGGACUUGGCAUUGGCCAACACAAAUGCUCAAAACUCAACUGUGAUAGAUAUUCAAAAUGCUCCCAUUAUAAUUCCCUUAGAUGGAGAAAAAACUCUUGUGAUUCCAGCUCCGCAAAGUGAAGCAACCAUUACUCACCAGCCGAAUACUGUAGUUGUUACUGAGUCUUGUUUGCCUCAGCCACUACAGCAGCAACAGGAGCUGCAAAUGAACAAAGCGCAGAUCGUUGAAGAGGCGCCUACUACCUCAGUGCCCAGAGGCAACGAUUUAAACGAGGAUUGUGCUGCAUCGGAUACGGAACAGCUGGAGUACACGGCCGUGGAUGCUAUUUUGGAGUUUGAAAACGCUAGAAAAGAGGGCAGCUUUGAAGAAAACAGAGACAGUAGCAGUAGCAAUAACGUUUCUAGCAAUAAUACACCAGAGAAGGUCCCAUCAAGUAGCGUUUGUUUGGUGGAGCCUGAAACACCCUGUACCAGUCGGGUUGGUGAAGCUAGCGGUAAAAAGGCGGAUAAGAAGUCUAGCCGAAAAAGGCGGGAUGGGUUUGUGGAACUACUGCUGCGACACGUGAACUAUGAUUCGUUGAUAGGCGAAUUGGUCGCGAGGGAGAAAAAAGUGCACGGGACAACGACCUUGGGCACGAGAGACGAGAAAGAUGUGGAGCAGUUACAACGCUCCCCUUUGAAAAAGUACAUCCGAGAACGAGCAAAAGCUUCUUUCUCGGUCAAAGAGGAACCCCAUGCUUCCCCUAGCUUGACCAAAGACGACGAAGAUGUCGAUGUGAGUGAUGAGGCGGACGACGAUAUGGAAGCAGAGCUGGUUACUGAGAUCCUGAAACCAUUCGUCAUGGAUCAAGAACGAGACUUGUCUACUGCUUUCACGGAACAGGUAAAGACUGAGGCACCGCAUGACAUGGCCAACGAGAGAACAAGUACAGAUUUGGCAUCGGAGGCUACACCUAACGAUGAUCGAACAGAUGCUUUGAUCCAAAGGGUUGAACAGAACCUCACUGCAGAUUGCCCAGAAUCGCAAAUGGAAAACACAGAGGCUAAGGAAAGCGUAGAAACAAUGGCAAGGAAUCCAAAUGAGCCAACAGAGGAGAGUGGUCAACCAGAAGAGCCGUCUGUAACUCUUCAUAAACCACUUGAACUGGAGGCCGCCAACGAAUUAGAGGCUAUGAAUUCUGAAGAAUUCGAAACCUCUCCAGUAGCUCAACACUCAGAUUUAAUUUUAGAAGAAAUUCCACAAUCUAGUGAACCGGACAGUGUUCCCGUAGAGCCUACAAUGAUGGAAGGCGAAAGGACAUCUGCUGCUGCUGCUGCUGCUGCUGCUGCUGCUGAGUCUGAUCAAAUUACCAAAGGUAGUCAAUCGUUUCCUGAAUCCAGCAAUGUUGAUGCAGUACAAUUGAAGGACACAGCGGAAGCUACAAAUUCAUCGUCAGUUGAACCAUCUGUGGAGAUGUUCUCACAACCUCCUGAAUUGGAAAGUACACAUCUGGUGACGGACGCUUCUGAAGCAACUAGUGAUCAAAUACUAGAAACCGUCGUUCCGGUUCCUUCCUCUAUCAGCGAUACUUUUUCGGCUGCAGCACAAAUACAGGGUGCAAAUCAAUCGCACGAUUUGGAUUGUUCAUCGAGGCAACACCAGAUAACUUCCCCCUCGAGCAUAAUUUCACCGUUCAGUGUAUCCAAGGAGGCUGUGGAUGAGGUAGUAUCGGAUUGCUCUUCUCCAGGAUUCUCUAACUUUGAGGAUACGGUUGUUGAAGAUUUCUCGCCAAGCAAAGAUGUGGCUAGGCGUCCUGUCCCUGACAACUCUGCCGGAUUCGAUGCGAAAAGAAAAAGGCGUCGAAAUGAUUCGGAUACUAAGGAAGAACUAAUCGAUGAUGGAAUCCUUAUGCCAGCACGUAAACUAAGACCUCGGCCAAAUCCGGUACAUCAGUCGACACCUAAACGAGGUAGACCCGGGCGGAAAAGCGAGGUUCCCGAUAUGGCUAUGCAUGAGUGUACGAGGAGUAAAGUUAGUGAAGUCGUACCGAAAGAGGAGAAAACAGAUAGUUCGAGAGAAUCUUUGUUGGAAAAGGGCAAAAGAAGAGGAAGAAGCAGAAAGCAUCAGAGAAGAGGUAGCGGCAUCCGCAGCAUCAGUAGCAGCAGUAGUAGUUGUGGGAGCAGAAGUCGGAGCAGCAGCAAUGGUCGCGAUGCGAAGAAGAUUGACCACGAUGACCUUGAUGGUUCAUCCGAUAGCGUUGACCGUAGCCCGUCAAGGGGGAGUGUUAAGAAUCGCAAAAAAAUUUUGCGUAAAAAACGUCCAUCAAAGACACCCGGAAAGAGUGGGAACAGCCUGCUAGAUGUAGUCCGUAGUGCCGGACUAAAGAUUUCAGCUUCCAUGACGCCUGCUGCUAUCACCUCUUCUACUACUUCCACUUCCAACACUUCCAAAACUCUCAAUUCAGAUGAACAGUUCGUGAUCUGUGAAGUCGUGGAUCAGAGUGCAGCUGCCGGAACAGGACAACCGUUGGUAGAACGCGUCAUGGAGAUAGUCAACGUACACACAACGCAUGUCCCGUCGGACGCAACGUCAACAGUUGAAUCUGAGCCGAAGAAGCGGGGUAGAAAAUCAGCGGCAGAGCUGCAAGCAUUGAAGGCCAAAGAAGCGGAAAAGCAGAAGGUAUCAGUAGCGGCAAAUGGCAAGGCAAAUGCAGCAGCGUCGACCUACGAAUGUGCCCGCUGUAGCAAGACCAUUUCGGCCAAAAGCUGGGAUGAACAUUUCUAUCUGCACAACGGGUUAACGUACCGUGUUGGCAUCGAUAGCGAGCUGGAGUUGAAUGAUCUCAGUGUGGCAGGGGUGCUGCUGCAGCGGUUCAUGAAGCGGUUCAAACUCACCGAACUGACCUGUGAGAAGUGCGGCGAUCGAAAAAAGUCCCAUAUGGGUAUGGCCUCGCACAUUGGCCGCUGUGGAAUACCGCAGGAGCAGCUGGUGGUAGCGAAGGUCAGGUGCGAGCACUGCAACCGGCUUAUGCUACCCAUCAGCAUGCCGGUCCAUCUAGCAAACCACUGCCAAGUGCUGAAAACCAAGCAGCGGCUGGAGAACUCUAAAGAACAACAGUCGCCGGUGGAGGAAGUGGCACCGUUGAUCGUUGAGCAGACUGCCAGCGGCCGGCAGAAAAGACAAUCCGUUGCCUGUGCGGAAAAGAAAAUUAAAAAGAUUGUCCAGGAGACGACCAGUGCCACACAGCAGGAACUACUGAUAAGUAUUAGCCCUGGCAUGAUCAGUCCGGGAACGAGGAAGCUGUGGGAAACGCAGAUCAAGUUCAAGGGUAUAGGGAAGUGUAUGUACGCAAAGUGUACCUUUACCGCCAACAACGAGGAGGAACUAGAGAGCCAUCACGGUAAAUGCUGGGUUGGGCCGGAAUCCAAUGCCGAUACAUUCUUCGAAUGUGCCAUCUGCUGUCAGCAAUCACCGCGACGGGAACGAAUUCGUAAGCACAUCCAACGGCAACACCCGAAGGAGCUGGAGGAGGCCGGUGGAAGUGCAAGCGAUAGUGAUGGAUUCGUAGGCCAGACGACGGAUGGCAGCGAAACCACGGAUGAUAGUGGCAGUGGAAUGGCAACGGAUGCUGACGAUGGCUCUUCAAUGCGAGCGAAACGGGCAAAGAUAGCUGCUAUAAACUUCAGCAAACGUGGCAAAGGAAGAGCAACACCGGUGUCUAGGAAGGCUGCAACACCGUCAUCCAAAACAUCGGCAGUAAACGACUCCAUGGAUAUCGAUGACAGCGUAAUGGGGGAUAAGGAUGAGCUGGAAGUGUACAAAGAAAUGAUACUUGACGAAGCGUACGAGUACAAAUCGCAGAAGAUUGACUUCUCGCAAACUUGCAUCAAGCUGAUGCGUCAGUUCCAUCGAGCAAUGUACGGGUCGCCGUUGCUAUUCGAGCAUUUGCAACCGCACACGGAUAUGCGGUUAAUGUCGCAGCAAACUGUGAAAGAGUAUUUGCCCCGCAGUACCCGAUCGAUGCGUUAUCGCUUGCGGCAGGUGAAAACGUACGACGAGCCGUACAACGAUAGCCUUAGCGACGGGUGGAAAAGAUUGCAAAUCUUUCAGGGCCAAUCGCUCGGUUUCCAGGAAUCGGUGUUCUACUGUGGUGGUCCGGUAACGGCCAUGGCUUGGCUACCGAUGCCGUGCGAAGAGAAGACGGAUCGGCAAUCACGAAACCAGCUACAGGAUCCGCCCGAUCAGAUACUGGCCCUAGCGUGCAAAUCGGGCUACGACGAAUAUUACAACGGUGAACAGCUAUCGGCACGUCCUCAGCGUAAAUGUUUGAUACAAAUCUGGAAUACGGGACCAAUCGUUAAUAACCUCAUAUCAAAGGCCAUGCCAAUGAAAACCGCGCCACAGCUCUCGUUUGCCAUCGCGUGUGACUUUGGGCCAAUCUUCCAGCUCGCUUUCUGUCCUAGCGGUUGCUACAACGAUCGGUCGGAGGGGCACAGUAUCGAUCGGUUGGGGCUACUGGCUGCCACCGGUUCCGAUGGUGAUGUGUACGUGUUUUCGCUCAACCGUGCCUUGGUGCAGCGUACGGAAUCGACCGCACCACGUAUCCUGCAUCUAGUGCCGGUGUUACGCCUUUCGCUUACGCUCACCAUUCCCCGCCAGUCACCAACGGCCGAUUACACCGGGCACGCCACCUUGAAGAUAGUUUGGUCCCGUGCCCGUGGACAUGCCGUCUUUGCGGCUGGAUUUUCGAACGGAGUUGUGGCCGUCUGGAAUCUGGAAACACGGUCGUCACUGCUGCGCGGCGUAAAGGGUGGCACUCCGACCCUGUUACCCACUCACAAGCUUCUGCACUCUUGCAGUGGUGCCAUCACCGCACUCGACUUGCAUUACGAUGAAAAUGCCCGGUACCUGGUAGUCGGUAACAGCGAUCGGCGGUUAAAGGUGUAUGAUCUCGGGUCGGGUCAGCAUUUGCCGCCCGAGGUGUGCUCACUGUCAGUCCGCAGCCGUUGCUCGGCCGCCCGCUGGAUGACCCACUUUCCCGUGCUGAUGAUGGUGUUCGAUGAUAUCUUUGCGCUCGACCGUUGCUCACUGACCGUACACCAGCCGCGCGAAAUUGGCUACCGGUUGUUCCCGGCUCUUCCAUUUGCGGCCGAAGCGACUGAUCUGGCUUCGAACGAUUGGCUCGGUGUUAAUGCGGUCAGCACCGAUGGGGGCGAUGUGCUCUCUCACCGUCCAAUGCCUUUCGUUUACCAUGUUCACGAACGAAAAGUGAUCCAGAUGCUUACAACGACCACAACGGUUCGUUUGAGCGAAGGCGAUGCUGAGCUAGACCUGUCAACCUACGAAUCGUACGCCGAACACUGCGGCAUGCUGUUCUCGGAUACCGAUCGGGUCCGGGAUCGGUCGGAUACCAAAAGCUUGCAGGUGAAACUGUUACGGCGUGCCGCCGUCGAUAAGUAUUCCAUCACGCGCACAACACAGGUCUCCUUCAACCCAAACAGUUCCUCGUUUCAUUACUACGCGAUCGGUUACCAGGCCGGUUUCGUUCGUAUCCGUGGGUUGCGCGUUUGAUCGUUUGAACGACACACUGUCCGUCACCUAUCCGGUGUGACUCUACGUUAUCAUUCCACCCUAAACCAGCAAGUGCAGUGUGCAAGUGGUGCCUGAAAUGUAAUGAAAUGAAAUAAAGUGUCCUCUGGCUUCUUUUGAUA